CCGUUUUAGUGGCAUUAGCGAGAGCCAAGGGUCAUUCCUUUUCUUUGAGUCGGCAAUCCCUAACUUCUCUUAAUAAUAAACUAACGCACUUCAAAAAAUUUUUGCCUAGAGAAUUCAAUAGAGAAGUUAGGUCUUUAGACAAUCUCGAUAGAUUUAAGGCCACAGAGUUUCGUACUUUUUUAUUAUAUACCGGACCCAUUGUCUUGAAAGACAUUAUAGACUCAAAUUUAUACAAUCAUUUCUUAUUACUUAGCUUAGGAAUUAGACUUCUUCUACACAAGGAGUAUUGUGUCACACAAAACUCUCUUGCAUCCAGUUUGCUAAAUGACUUUGUAAGCCAAGUGCCUACUAUGUAUAUGUUUCCGAUGCUCACAUUUAAUUUUCAUUGCUUAACACAUUUAAGCAAACAAACUUUACAAUAUGGUUCUCUUCAGACCAUAAGCUCUUUUCCAUUCGAAAACUUUCUGGGGCAUCUAAAAAAAAUGGUGAAAAAGUCGGACUACUCCUUGGAGCAAUUAUACAACCGAACUGUUGAACGCAGUAUUUUAAAAGUCGUUCUUAAAGAAAAAACUUUAAAUUUCAAUGGGUCCAACGGUAAAAUUUCAUAUAAGCACUGGUAUUUUGAUCUAAAAGAUCGCGAUAGUUUUUUCUUCGUAAAGGAUGGCAACAUAUAUAAAAUAUAUAAAAUUAUUGACAUUGACAACAAAAUUUUGCAUAGCCGAUUAGUUGUUGACCUAGAGCCAUUUUUUACUUUUCCAAUAAAUUCCAUCUUUGUAGGCAUAUUCUCUUCAAAACAACUCAAUUUCCACUCGAAAGUAGUGCUACAUAGCGUUGAAAAAAUAUCAGGCAAAAUAUUUCAUUUUGAAGAAAAUGGUAUACACACUUACUUUCCUUUAAUUGACUAAAUUCAGAUAACAAUGAGUUCGUCGUAUAAUUUUGUUUUGGAUGGCAGCGAAAAUGGAGGAGGAUACGACAAUAGUCAAAAUUACAGUCUAUCAGGCUUAACUAAUAAUCCACCAAAUACUAAAGGAAUGAAUAACUCACAAGCUCAAUGCAAUCAUUCCGAACUAUUAAGCCUGAUGCAUCAAAUGUUGAUGAAAAUUGAUCGUCAAGGGGCUGAAUUAAUUUCAUUAAGAAAUGAAAUAUCAGUUAUAAAGGGACGAGUUUGCGGAGAGGCGCACAAGGCGAAAUUGACGCUGCCAAGUGCGCCAAAAGCAACUAUUGGGGACUUUGAGGCAUUUGAAGAAUGCCUCAAAGAAGAGAAGUCCCUUAAAAACUUGGUCGUUGAAUUAGUCGAAAGCGGUGAAAAGACCUACGACAAGUUCAUUAGGAGCUCCUGGCGCCAAAUAAUAACUGACGAUGUGGCAAGGCAAUGCUCCUGGCGUGGGACGGAGAAAAAAAUGUGUGUUAGAGGCCUUCGAACCACAUUGGCAAUACGAAAUGCAUUUAAACAGAAGUUUGCGCUGGAAGACAGCGAUUUCGACCGCGUCACACAAAAAUAUUUUCAGUACGCGCAGGAAAGAGUGGCGCGCAUAGAAAAGGCUGAUGCCAAAAAAAUUAAAAUAUAAUUUUAUAAUAUAAUAUAAUAUAAUAUUAAUAAUAAUAAUCAUUUAUAAUAUUAA